AUAAUUACACUGACCAUAACGUUCAAGUCUUUUAACUUAUCUUUCAAAGAUUCAACUUUAGAAAAAAAUAUAUACAAAAGUGAAUAACUUUCAAAUAAUAAUUGAUUUUGAAUGUGCAUAGUAACUUAGUGGGGACAUUUGCAGUUCUUUGGACUUCUUUUUGGUGAUAGGAAACAAACAUAAAAUGGAUUUUAGCACGUGACCGACAGAUCAUCAUUGUUUCUAAAUGGCUGGGAAAAUAUGCUUAGUCAUCGUAUGUGUGCUUUUCUUCAUCCUCAUAUCACACAAAGUAAACAGCCAAUGUUCAGCCACCAGCAGACGUGCUACUGAGACUGACACUGUUAAUACAGAACCAACAUAUCUGACAUCGCCGGGAUGGAAAACAGCUUAUUACAGCAACACUGACUGUCGAUGGGAACUAUCAGCAACAGAUGUGACACAUAAGAUCAUUGUUGAUGUCAUGGAGUCUUAUUUUGAAGGAAGCCCUGGAUGCUCAUAUGACUAUCUGGGCAUUUAUGACGGAGAUUCCCUGACUAGUACAGCAACCAAAUUGUGUAAUAAUUUGCGGAGCGGGCAACUGUUUGUCUCGAGUGGACAGAACGUCAUACUACGACUGAAAAGUGACUUCAGUGUCAAUUAUCCGGGAUUCUCUCUCAGAUACUUUAUAGGAACAAAUUCAGCUGGAUCAGGCUGUACUGCCAUGCAAACAUUGACUGCAACUUCCACUGUACAGUACCUAUCAUCGCCUAAUUUUCCGGAUGAAUAUGACACUGCUAACAAUUGUGAAUGGACAAUAACGUCGUCGUCGGGAACAAAAUCUAUCCGGGUAGAGGUCAUAUUCGCAGACAUGUUAGAUGGUGAAGUUUGUUACUCAGACAAGCUUUUUAUAUAUGAAGGGACUGACUCAAGUGGCCCUAAACUGGCAGAAAUAUGCGAUAGUUCUGCAACCUUCAUUGAUUCAGAGGUAUAUUACACAACAACAGUCUCAGCAUUCAUUAAUUUUGUGAGUCUACAAUCUGGGAGGAAUCGACGAGGAUUUCUAAUAGCAUAUAACGAAACAGAUACAGUUGUAGCUGUUGCAUCAACUACCCCAUCGACAACAUUCAGUACAUGUGGAUCUAUAAGCCUGACAAUUACAAAUUUAUCUACACCUUUGUAUAUCACGACACCAGAUUAUCCUAUAUUUUAUUCGAGUAACCUCAAUUGUGAAUGGCAGGUAACAGGACCACAAGGAUCUGUUUUACAGAUAAAAGUGUUAGACUUCUUUUUGGAAAACAGUGAAGAAUGCUUUGGUGACAACGUUAAAAUCUAUGAUGGUCCAACAUCAGAGUAUACUCGAUUGGCUCUUUCUUGUGGUGAAAUAGGAAGUGAUGUUAACUCGACUGGUAAUAUAGCAAUGUUAGCAUUUAGAAGUGAUGGAUCAACAAGUGCUCGUGGAUUUAAGUACCAGGUAGAGGCCAUUGGUUCAGGUACACCAGACUGUGUAAAUGGUAACCCAACAGACUUGAACGCCACACUUGAACGUCAGUAUUUUAAUUCAGCUACUUACCCAAGUAACUACCUAAGUGGAACAACCGAGCAGUGGUUAAUAUACAACACAUUGUCCUAUGACUACGAGAUAGUGAUAGAAACAGUGGACUCUAGAAUCGAGGAUAGUGUCAACUGCGAAUUUGAUAAAGUUCAACUGUAUGAAGGUCCAUGUACAACAUAUCCUACAUUAGCGACAUUUUGUGGAGUAGUAGAACCAACAUACACACAGUCUAAUGGACUAUAUGUGUUGGUAGUCUUUACAACAGAUAAUACAGCCCACUAUAGAGGAUUUAAUAUAUCAUAUUAUUUACAAGAAGUGACAACAAGUGGAUUGACUACCAAACAAAUCGUCGGCAUGAUAAUUGGUAUAGUAAUUGGAGUAAUUGUAUUUGGUGUUCUCAUGUUUUUACUAAUAAAAAAAGUGAUAAUUCCGAAACUAGCGAAAUCAGGUCUUGGAUCUACACUGUCCUUGAGAAGCAGACGAUCAUCAUCGUCAUCAAGUAGUUCUAGCAGCGAUGAAGAAUCAGGAAAGCGUAAGAGAAGACUGAAACCAAUAGUUAAAGCAUCUAAAGUUAUGCUUCGUCCGUCAUCUAAAUACAGUCUUAAACCAAGGCUUCCAUCAAUAUCACAGAAGAAAUUAUAAAUCCAACAAAGACUCUUCACAUUUGGACUGGAGAAGAAGACGGAUGUGAAAAAGACAACUCUUAUUUUGCAAUUAAACUACGGCUUAUAGCAUGAAUUAUAAUUGUAUUUGGCGAGUGAAGAAACUGGACCGAAUUGAUAAACUAAAGGACGCAUUUAGAAAAUAAUAUGAAUGUAACUAGUUGAUUAUAUAUAGUUUCGAUUACAUUGUAGGAUGUUUUGCUUUUUCCAGGAUACAAUCAGGACUUGAUACAUGUUCAGAAUGGAUCCAUUCCGCUAUCUUAUAUUGUCGUUGACAUACGACAUGACUUGCAUAGACACAUAUCUCUUCUAUUCUUUGAUCUAAGAGUGUAUACCCAGCAUAUUCUAGUAUAGUAUAUAGUAUUGUUCAAUAGAAAAUAUCGUAGCCACCAAUAUAUUAAGCAACAGUAUUAACCAAUAGAUCUUCCUUUUGUCUCUUUUUCUCAUUUUUAAUAUGGCAUUUAAUAACAUGUAUCAUGAUCUAUAGCAGGGCAUUGUAGACAGAUAGUUUUUGAAGUGAAUGUUGCUGAACCAAAGUUCGUUUUUAAAUAUAUAACUUUUAUGUUUACAUUUUGUACAUGUUCCGAAAUAUUUUUCCUGGGUACGAUUUCCGAAAUCCUACUACUUACAAAAAUGUAAGUUUGUCAUAUUAUUUUUCUUAUAUCAAAACAAUUCAAUUUUUACAACAUGUAUAAAAAUCUUGAAUGCUAAAGACAAAAAUUUCAUAUAAUGGAUUUAUAAUAUUUAGUCACGUGUGUGUGAACACCAUUUGUCUUUCAUGUUUUUUUAGGGUUUUGUACAUUAAAAUAUGUAAUUAAUAAUAAAAUGUUAAACAUA